GACAAUUCAAAAGCACAAGAUGAUUGUGAUUUUGGUAAAUUUGUGCUUGUUUCCCGACAACACCAUUAUCCGAAUUGUGCAGAACUUUUGAGACUAUACACACCAUGGCCUGUCAACUCCCAUGAACCAUGUUUCAAAAAAGCUUGCGAGCUCCGUGGAAAUGUCGUGCACUUUAGACGAACCCGACAUUGUUUCAUAUAUAGAUGUCGCUCUAAUGGAAAUGAUUGGGACUAUAGAUGGCGGGGUCGUGGCGAAUGGGGUGUAUCAUAUGCUCUGCCUCACCAAAACACACCAAGAUGCCACAAUUCGUAUUUUAUGAGGAGAACGUGGGAUACAAGCAGAAAUGUUUCACCUGGAUGUAACUAUAUUAACAGUGGAUUAACAUUUUCGCAUGUACAUGAUUGUAUGAGAGAGGCA